AUGUGCAUCAUUGUCAAACUGGCGUGGUCGGCAGCAACAGAUAGCUGCAUUAAAAACCGAAUUGAGAAACUGCAGUCUCAACUCAAUUCAAGAACAAUUUCUCAUUCAGAAGACCUAAUUUACAAGCCUACUGAAGAGGACGAAACAUUUUCCGGUGCAACUUCAUUUGGCGUUAGCUACCUACAGGAUGAUAACGAUUUAUGUACACGUAAACUGUAUGAUACACCAUCUACGCUGAAUCGCCUUACAGAACGGGAUUUGACUAAAUCUUCUGAAAAACAGUUACAAAAUGAUAAAAGACGUCUAGAGGAUGAUCUUAACUCGACAAAAAGCAAACUUCAGAAAACUAAGCAACGUGUCAACAGUCUCCUGCAGGAGAGAAAGGAGCUGAAACAACAGAUUAUUUUCCUUGUACAAAAAGGAAAACAUGACGAUGAACUGGUAGAAUCACUUGUUCAGCGUACUGGAGACCUACAAAGAGAGUUAACUAAUAUGAGUCAUCUGAAUACAGAGAAAGAACAAGACAUAGAAAUGCUUAAACAAAAAUUGUCGAGUCUAGAACAAAGAAAAGAUAUGGAGGUUGGAAAACUAAACGAAAUAAUUGCUGAGAAAAAUGAAAAUAUGGAAAAAUUGAACCAACUUCUUACCGAAACCAAACAAAAACAAUUAGAUGAAUUAAACCGCGAUAUGAAUGAAGCUGAGUAUGAUGGAAAAGUAAAAAAUAAUUCCUCAUAUACUGGUAGUGAGUGUGAACUUGUUUCAAGUUUCACCAUUGAACGUAAUGGAUUCUUAACGUUGGUGGCAAAUAUGGAAUCUAGAAUUGGAGAACUUCUUUGUCAAAUAAAUACACUGGAGAUGCAAAAUGCUAAACUGGUACGCAGAAAUGAAGAAAAACAAAAUUCGAAGACCAAAAUUUCCACCGCAAUAACAUCUAAACACAAAACAACAAAUACUAGCGAUAACAGAGCAAAUGAGAAUGAUGCAGUGCUGGACUAUUUACUGCACAAUGAUUACUUGAAAGAUGCAAUCUCCCAGUGUAAUUUAUCAGCUCACUCAGCCAAAAUAAUAACCAAACGCAUAAAAGAACUACAAAAUGCACUUUACAAUUCUCAAGAUGAGAUAACAAGUUUAAAAGGUAGUCUAAAAUUGACACUAUAUUAUCGUAAAGAAGAUUUAAAAUUGGUUAUGCAAAUGGUUGACGAUAUACGAAGACAAAAUAAAAAUGGGGCAAUUUGA